UGACGGUGUGGUUUGUUAUUAAAGCGUAGCUCCUUUAAAUGUGAGGGGAAAUGUUGACGGUCGGAGUUGAUGAAGUUGGAAAAUGAAGUAUUUAAUUUAUCUGUGAACUGGCUACGUAUAAACACACGCAUAAGAUGUCAGGGUCCCAUGAACAAACCAGGAAGCGCCGCCCCCAAAAAAUGUUUUUGAUCUCGACCGACCUGAGGGUCCAGGACGAGCUGGAAGGUACCAUUCGGCUGCAGCGGGGGUUCAUCUGCCAGGAGCAAGAUUCGGGAAGGAGCAGGGGCGACUCACCCUGGGUCAAGGUGUUAGACAAUGGCCUCAUGUUAAGAAUAGAGAGGAAGUUCCUGCUCGAAGUUCCCACUGACCUCACUGGCUUGUUGGAGGCUGUAUCUGAUGCGGAGGCUCGCCUAAAAAUUUUCAACAAUCCUGGAAAGCUGCAGCAUUUGGCUUCUUUGCCUGUCGACGCUCCGCUGUGGGUCCAGAUAGGCCAACCGGACGAGCUAGCGGAGGCAGAACUUAAAUACAUCGGGCCACUCACCAGAGGGGGAAGUGCUGUGUAUUUCGGUGUACAGCUCAAGGGUUCAGCAGCAGGAAGAGGAGUCAGCAACGGCUCCUAUAAGGGCCAGCGGCUCUUCACCUGCCCAGAAGCCUGCGCCCUCUUCCUCCCCGCCAACCACAUCCGCCUCCGCCACUGGUCUCGCAACAAUGGCUCCAACGCACACGAGCGACCCCGCGAGCGAGACUACCACCACCGCAGCAGCAAUCACCCCAGCAACGGGCACCAUAGCAACAAUGACCGCCCAAACCCUCAUCAGCAGCAGCAGCACAGCCGUCACAUCAGUUUCCACCAGCAUCGUUCCAGCAGCCCCCCUCAGUCGCACGCUUUGGGCAUCCUCGCUCGGACAGCCGAGUCUGCGCCCUUCACAGCUCACAACCAGGUGCGAGGUCCUGCGUCGCCGCCUCCGUUCCAUGUGGGCCAGCGAGUGUGUUUCCCCCUGGAGGACAAUGUGUUUGGAGGGGAGGUGCGCUUCUGUGGUCCCCUGCCCGGACGGGUCUUGUCAGGGAUGUACGUUGGAGUCCUGCUGGACGCUCCUGUCGGUAACUGGGACGGGCAAUAUAAGGGAGAGGAUCUCUGUCACAUUCCCUCCCCCAACUAUGGACUACUCCUGCCAGUCAACAAGGUCUCCUCAGAGCCUAAAUCCCACCGCCACAACCUUCCUCACCAAAUCACCAAAUCCAUCCUGAAGCCCGCGCCGCCCCCCGUCACUAAAACAGGCCCUAUGUCAGCACCGGCCUCUGUCCCCAAGGUCGCCCUGAUGCCCCCCACCAAACAAGCACUAAAAUCUGCUCCGCUGCCGCCACCAAAACCCAACAACAAGCCCAUCUCUCCUCCUCCUCUCCCACCUCCCAAACCCCGCAGCCCAACAUCGCCGAGCACCAACGACCAGCUGCAGCACACCAACGGCAUACACGGCCCUCCUUCUCCGCUGAGGUCUCCUGUCAUCGAAGAAGCUGCCGAGGAGAGCGAAGAGGUGGGACAGGAAGGCGAGCUGGAGGUAGGGUCGAUGGUUGAAGUGAAUGACCCGCCGCUUUUCGGGGUUAUUCGCUGGAUCGGACGGAUCAGUGGGAUUCCAGAAGCAGUGGCAGGAAUUGAGCUGGACCAGGAGCUGUCUGCAGGAACAGACGGCAGUUACCUCGGUGAACGUCACUUCCGUUGCCCGGCCAACAAAGGGCUGUUUGUGAAGCUUCGCAACUGCCGACGGGACUCACGGUUUCCCGCCCCUGAGACUCCUGUCAAUCAAGUGGAGCGAUGCAACUCUAUAGCCUUUGCAGAGUGGGGCAGUGAGCGUGUGGAGGACCACACUCCCCCUGUGGACGGGGACGAGGCCUGUGAGCUCUACCAGGGCUGGAAGAGAGGCAUCCAGGGUCACCUCAACUCCUGCUACCUGGACGCUACACUGUUCAGUCUGUUCUCCUGCUGCAGUUCAGCAGACUGGUUGUUGUUUUGGCCCUCUGACCCUGAAACUGACCACGACGCCACUCAGGCUCAAGACCUGCUGCGCUGUGAGAUCGUCAACCCCCUGAGAAGGUACGGCUACGUGUGUGCCAGUAAGACCAUGGCAUUGAGACGACUGCUGGAGGCUGCAAAUAGCGACACAGGCUUCACCAACCAGGAGAAAGGUACGUGAGCCUCUCUGUUCCAGCUCCUCCUAGUCGAGCCACUCCUCAAAAUCAGAUCGAUGACUCAGCAGCCUCAGGAGUGCCACCUCUACCAGCUCUUCCCGCCCACUCUUCCCCCCUCUCCCUCCUCGCCCUUACCCCUCUCCCCAAUUCACUCCCCCAUCCCUCUCACCUUGCCAUCGCACAGUCUAAUGAGGGUUGCCAGCGUCCAGGCGCUGCUGGAGUCCUCCUUCCUCCACGCCGGCCUCAAGUUUGUCGAGGCUCCCUCCUGCCUGUUACUGCUCAUGCCUCGCUUUGGAAAGGACUUCAAAAUGUUUGACGCCAUCUUGCCCUCGCUCAGCCUGGACAUCACAGACCUGCUGGACGAUACUCUGAGACAGUGCAGCAUCUGUCAGGCUGUAGCUGAGUGGGAAUGUUUCCAGUGUUACGAGGACCCAGACAUCACCCCCGGUCAUCUCAAACAGUACUGCCAGACCUGCAACACACAGGUCCACAGUCACAGGAAGCGAGAGUCCCACAGCCCGUUGAAGGUGGCCGUCCCCGUGGAAACGUGGACAGGCCCUCUGCACUGCACCCGCCAGAAAAUGUCUCUCUUUGCCGUGACGUGCAUCGAAACCAGUCAUUACGUGAGCUUCGUCAAAAACGGGCCGCUCCCCACCGACUGGCUGUUUUUUGACAGUAUGGCAGACCGCGAAGGCGGCGAAAACGGCUUCAACAUCCCCCACGUGAAGGCGUGUCCAGAGGUGGGCCGCUACCUCAGCCUGUCAGAGGAGGAGCUGAGCAGAGUUGACGCCUCCUCCUUACGGGAGUCUGUCCGCCGCCUGCUCUGUGACUCCUACAUGUGUCUGUACCACAACCCCGAGCUCAGCCUGUACAAGUGACACACACACACACACACACACACACACACACACACACACACACACACACACACACACAAAGAGAUCUGAGUGUGUUGUCCUCCAGGCUCUUAGUGCUAUCUGUCAGAUGACGUCCAACAUCUAAUUUUUCGAGUGCCCCUGUUUUCAGCCUGACCAGAAUUUAUUCAUCCAGUACAAAAGUAAUAAUAAUAAUAAAAAUAACAGUGCAGGAUGUAAACAUUAACGGCGUCCCUUUUCGGCUGAGCCGUAUGAUUAGCGAGCUCAGGGGUGCAAGGUCAGCUAGCCGUAGAUGUACGCUUCACUCUGUGUGCCUUAAAAAAAAGGAGAGAACGAAUCCUUAAAAGCACAUAUGACCUAAAAUGUGAUGAUCAGCUAAAUGAUGAGAAGAGACGAAUGAUCAAAUGAGCUGAAUGAACAAACAGCCUGUAGUUUAUUAUGAGCUUUGUCCACUCCUGAAUGGUAAAAUAACCUCAUGUUUGGCUGCUGUGGUCUUUACAUGAGUUGACCUGUGCCUUAAUAAAUAAUAAUGAUAAUAAUAAUCACACACUGUACAGAAUCACUGUGUCUGUAACAUAUAACACACGUAGGCUACACUUUACACUUUAAUUUGCACUGCUUGAUUUACAUGUCAGUGUGUGUGUGUAUGUAGAAUUGCCUUAAACUGACUGUAAAGUUUGCACACAGAUGUUUAAACUUUUGUAAUGCUUAUGGGUUGUUUAUAGAAACCUGCUGCAAAUGAUGGGGACAGUGUCCUCCCAAAUAAAUACUUUGAUACUCUU